AAACAGGCAAGUUCCCCGGGAGCAGUAGAUUUCAGAGAGAAAAGAGGAAAGGAGAAGUGGAGAAAGGGAAAGACGCAGAGAACGAAAGGUUUAGGGAGAGAACUGGGAAAGGGGGUGGUCACGAUAAGGGAAAGGGAGAAGAGAUCACGCUAAUCUUACCCAAUCGAUCCAAUGAUCAGGUGAUCGCUUAUGCGGUAUCAGGACAUGAAAAUGGCUCGACAAUGCAAUCCAUAACAAAGCUAUUUCUUUCUCUAGUUUAGCUCGGUAACUGCUGGAAUCAAAUGCAAGGCAGACAUGGCACAGACAGUCACUCGUGCACCCCUCCUACCCAACCCCCAAUGGACCAGGGACAGUUCUCUCGGACUGCCCUAAAAUCUAGCUUCUUGGAGCAUGGUCUUAGCGCAGGGGCUCAGGAGUGAAAGCAAUUGCAUUAAAGCAGGCAGCCUGAUUUAACAAGGAAGCGGACCUAGGAGAGCUGCUGCCGCCUAGGUACCCCAUCACCCACUUUUGGGUCCUAUUGCUAACCAUCCAAAGCAUAGCGCCCUCGGAAAACUCUGAGUGACUAUGACCUUCAACCAUUCACCUCCCAGCCUCUGUCUAUGCAAAAAUCGCUGAGGAUUAGCUCUACGCAAUGGGACCGGUCCUGCUGGUUUAUUUGGGGUGUGUGUUAUGUCAGGUUUUCUUACUAUGCCUGGAUCAGUUUCUGCAAGGGAAAGGAUUCCGGGGAAGUGCUAGUGAAAUGCAUUGAUGGAAUACUAUUAAUCCUAAUGAUAACCUUCCCAGCGCAGGUAAACUCUGAAAAGAACUGCGAGUGGGAAGAUCCUGCAGGAUUUCCGAAGCGCUGCUCUCUGAAUUCUCAUUGGAUCAUCCCCAGCAGCCUAAGUCAGUGUUGCUGCUCUCUGAGGAUGACUACAGCCUAGCUCACUAGUUGUCUACUCCCUGUAUCCAACACAUCCUUUUACUUCUCUUUGCAGAUCUCUGUCUUAUUCAUUCUGUUCUCUGGGGUCACCCAGCUUCCUCACUUUGUGGUGACUUUCAGUUUGGUGCAUUUGUUCGCCUGAGGAUCAUCAUAAGAAAGGUUCUCACUGUUGCCCAUUCUCAGUUUAAAAAAAAAAAAAAAAAAGCACUCCUUUACCAUUUUUGCCUCCUUUACUUUUUUGGGUUCUUUGUCCCUCGAAUAAGGAAUAAGUGGCUUUCACUUGAUUAGAUGUCACCAGGAACUACUGAGUAUUUCCAACUCCUACUGUCCUGCAGCUCUCAAAUCUACACUGCUUUGGAAGAUCAUGGGAUAUCUCCUUGAAUCGUGGAUGUAUUUCUCUUACAGUCAUCUUGCUUCAUUAAACUUCCUCUGGUGUUGAGCGAAAGCUGAGAGGAUGAAGGCUCUAAGUCCCCAGUGGAAGCAUGAUAUGGCGGCGCAGAGCUGGUGCUGAAUUGUCCUCUCUGAUGGCUCUAUGGGAGUGGAUAGUACUGAGUCUUCAUUGCUGGGUUUUAGCGGUUGCUGCUGUCUCUGACCAGCAUGCCACAAGCCCCUUCGACUGGCUCCUCUCUGAUAAGGGACCCUUCCAUCGCUCACAGGAGUACACAGAUUUUGUGGACAGAAGCCGACAGGGAUUCAGCACAAGAUACAAGAUAUACAGGGAGUUUGGCCGUUGGAAGGUCAAUAACCUUGCAGUUGAGAGAAGAAACUUCCUCGGUUCUCCUCUGCCUCUCGCCCCCGAAUUCUUCCGCAACAUAAGGCUUUUGGGACGAAGACCUACUCUACAGCAAAUCACAGAAAAUCUUAUCAAGAAAUAUGGGACUCAUUUCUUGCUAUCGGCUACUCUGGGAGGAGAGGAGUCACUCACGAUUUUUGUGGACAAGCGGAAGCUGAGCAAAAGAUCUGAAGGAAGUGACACCAGCACCAAUAGUUCGUCUGUCACUUUGGAGACUUUACAUCAGCUGGCUGCUUCCUAUUUUAUUGACAGGGACAGUACCCUUCGCAGACUUCACCAUAUCCAAAUUGCAUCCACUGCCAUCAAGGUUACAGAAACACGGACAGGUCCUCUUGGCUGUAGUAACUAUGACAACCUAGAUUCUGUCAGCUCUGUUCUGGUUCAGAGUCCUGAGAAUAAAAUUCAGUUGCAAGGGCUUCAAGUUCUCCUUCCCGACUACCUUCAGGAACGUUUUGUACAGGCAGCAUUGAGCUACAUUGCUUGUAAUUCUGAGGGGGAGUUUAUCUGCAAGGAUAAUGACUGCUGGUGCCACUGUGGUCCAAAAUUCCCAGAAUGCAAUUGCCCUUCCAUGGAUAUUCAAGCCAUGGAAGAGAAUCUUCUUCGAAUAACUGAAACAUGGAAAGCCUACAACAGUGACUUUGAAGAUUCAGAUGAAUUCAAGUUCUUUAUGAAAAGACUACCCAUGAAUUAUUUCCUCAACACUUCAACUAUAAUGCAUUUGUGGACAAUGGAUUCUAAUUUUCAGCGCCGCUAUGAACAACUGGAGAACGGCAUGAAACAGCUUUUCCUGAAGGCACACAGAAUUGUACACAAGCUCUUUAGCCUUAGCAAACGGUGCCACCAACAGCCUCUCAUCAGCCUGCCGAGACAGAGAACAUCAACCUACUGGCUCACUCGCAUCCAGUCUUUUCUCUACUGCAAUGAGAAUGGCCUUCUGGGAAGCUUCUCUGAGGAAACCCAUUCCUGCACGUGCCCCAACGACCAGGUAGUCUGCACAGCCUUUCUGCCCUGUACCGUGGGCGAUGCCUCUGCCUGCCUUACUUGUGCACCUGACAACCGCACCCGGUGUGGCACCUGCAACACAGGCUACAUGCUGAGCCAGGGACUCUGCAAGCCCGAAGUCGCUGAGUCAACCGAUCAUUACAUUGGCUUUGAGACCGACCUACAAGACCUGGAGAUGAAAUACCUGUUGCAGAAAACAGACAGACGAAUAGAAGUCCAUGCCAUCUUUAUCAGCAAUGACAUGCGCCUCAACAGCUGGUUUGAUCCUUCCUGGAGAAAGCGGAUGCUCCUGACCUUGAAGAGUAACAAGUACAAGUCCAGUCUGGUCCACAUGAUCUUGGGUCUCUCUCUACAGAUUUGCUUAACUAAAAACAGCACGUUGGAGCCAGUGCUGGCUGUUUAUGUCAAUCCCUUUGGAGGCAGCCACUCCGAGAGCUGGUUUAUGCCUGUGAGUGAGAGCAGCUUUCCAGACUGGGAGCGGACUAAGCUGGACCUCCCUCUGCAGUGCUAUAACUGGACACUGACUCUGGGAAACAAAUGGAAGACAUUUUUUGAGACAGUACACAUCUACCUGAGGAGUCGCAUCAAGGCAAAUGGCCCCAAUAUCAAUGAGAGCAUUUACUAUGAGCCUUUGGAGUUUAUUGACCCAUCUCGGAACCUGGGCUACAUGAAAAUCAACAACAUCCAAGUGUUUGGCUACAGCAUGCACUUUGACCCUGAAGCUAUUCGGGACCUGAUUUUGCAGCUGGACUACCCCUAUACUCAGGGAUCCCAGGACUCGGCACUUUUGCAGCUACUGGAGAUAAGAGACCGUGUAAAUAAACUCUCCCCACCUGGUCAGCGCCGCCUGGAUCUGUUUUCUUGCUUGCUUCGUCAUAGACUCAAGCUGUCUACUAGUGAGGUGGUGAGAAUUCAAUCUGCUCUUCAGGCAUUUAAUGCCAAGUUGCCAAACACAGUGGAUUAUGACACAACCAAAUUAUGUAGUUAACCAUAAAUGUCAAGCACAACCCAAAAUCUUGAAGGAGUUUUUACAGUGCUUUUGUGGAAGUUUAUGUUUGGAAAAGUAAAUUUAAAUUGUCUUUUCAAUAUCUGUCUUAUAUCAGUCAAUAACGUUGGAUGGCAAUUUACACACAUGAACUUGCUGACAAUGAAUAUAUUAUACUACAGUUUUGGUUUAUGAAUGAAAUAAAUACUGACACCAGUCUAGAAGACAUUCUACUUUUUACAAUAAAUUUCAUUUGUAAUUUUAUAUGUUCUGUGGCAAUGCUUUUGUGCAUUACAUCCUCUAGAGGGAACAUAAAAAGAUACCAAUAAAAUUUUGUAGCUGAACAGUUAU